UAUAUUUUUCCUCUAUUCCUACCCCCUCAAAAUUCCAUAUUUCCAAUUUCAUUUUCCUAAAAAUAAUAUUUUCACACCUGUGCCAAUGCAGUAUAAUAAAUAAAUCGAGCUGCCGCUGUAUGCGAUGCUAGAUUCCCCAAUUUUGUUCCGCCGCAAUCGAGCCAUCUGAGAGGGGGUCAAAGCCUUCCGACUGCAAAAACAUCGAUUUUCCCAAGUCGGUUUUUGAAAUUAUUGUAGCUGGAUUGGAUUGGAGGGGGUUUGAAUUAGGGCAAACUUCUGAAUUAGGGUUUCGGCUUUCUCAAGUGUUGGGGCAGUUUUUUGCAAUUCACGUGAGUGAACUUCGGCAUUUCUUUCGUCUGUUGCUGGGCCCAAUCGAUAAUUCCCGCUGGUUAGCUUUUUUUUGGGCUCCCGGCUUGGGCUUCGUUAACAAUUAAGUUCGUUUUCGACAAGUUGUAGAGAUGCCCAAGAGUUCGAGACACAAAUCGCACAAACAGAGCAAACGCAGCUCAAGGGAUUAUUCCGACUCCGAAGAGGAUGUAGUGAAGAUGAAAGAGAAAAGUAGUAAAGAUGAUUCUGUUCGGGCUCAUCGGGAUUCAGCAUCUGGUGAGAAGAGAAAGGUUUCAUCCCAGCUGCGGGAAUGCAAGGACAGUAAAGAUCUGAGCAGUCAUGGGAAUGGCGAUGCCUUGGAGGAGUAUGUUUCAUCCAAACGGCGGAAGGAGAAAACUGAUGUUGCUAUUGGCGGAGAUCGUUGGAAUGGGGGUGGAGAUGAGAGAGUGGAUGGGGACAAGAAUGUGGAGAAGGAUAAUCAUAAAGGUGAGAACUUGAAAGUAGAUAGUAAAGGAAAGGAAAAUAGUGGCAAAGGCGAGAGCUUGAGAGUUGAUUCGAAGAGUAAGAGUAAACGUUAUGAGAGCGGAAAUGCUGGUGAGAGGAAAGAAGACAUUUUGGCCUCUUCACUAGUGGAUAGGGAGGAGAGUAAGAGCAAAGGGGAAUCAAAGCGGAAAUCUGAGAGGGAUUCUUCUGCUCGUAAAGAAGGGUUGCAGGACAAGGAUCGCAGGUUGGACAAGGAGAAAAGUGGUGGUCAGGAGAGCAAGAGUAGUGAUGCUGAGGUGAAAAUAGUGGAAUUGGAUAUUGGGAAAAAGCAAGGGCCUCUGCCUGGUGAUUUUAUUGAGGAGAGACAGGACACACGAGCUCGAGAAAAUACUGAACGUGUGUUACUGGAUGAGUUGCGGAGUCCUGACUUGGAGAAGGACAUCGAGAAAAAGAUACGCAGAAAAAGAGAAGGUUCUAGUGAAAGAGAGAAACAUUAUGAUGAUGCUAAAGAAGGUGGUGAGAGACGGUCAUCAUCAAAAGGUGAUCGUACCAAGGAUAUAAAAUAUAGAGAUGACAAGCACAAGGAUGGAGUGUAUACUGAUAAGUAUCAAGAUGAUGGCUACAAAGAUGACAGGCGGAGGGAUGAGAAGUACCAUGAAGAAGCUGAUAAGGAGUAUAAAUAUCACGAUGAUAAGUAUAGAGAAGAUGGUGAGAAGGAUUCUAGACGUAGAGAUGACAGACAUCGUGAAAGUGAUAGGGACAGUAGACGCAAGGAUGAAAAACAUCGCGAGGAUGGAGAGCGGGAUAGUAGGCGGAAGGACGAAAAGUAUCGUGAAGGCACUGAAAGAGAUGGCCAUCGGGAUGAUAAGUAUUAUGAGGAUGGUGAUAGAGACCGCCGACGUAAGGAUGAUCACUAUCACGAAGAUGAUGACAAGGAUAGUAGGCGUGGGGAUGAGAGGUAUAAUGAGGACGGUGAUAGAGAUGAUAGGCGCAGAGAAAAUACUUACAGGGAAGAUGUUGAUAAAGAUAUCAGGCACAAGGAAGAAAAAUAUCAAGAAGACACUGAAAGAGACUCCCGCCAUAAGGAUAGUAAGCAAGGGGAUGGAUAUGAUAGAGAUAAGAGAACAAGAGACAUUAAAUAUAGGGAUGAACGGACAACACGAGAUCGGUCUGGUGAUAAGUUGGACCUUAAGCGAUCGAGGGAUGAUAGCUCUGCUGGAGAUCAUUAUGUGAGAAAAUCAAGUGCAUAUGAUGAUAGUCCAACCCAUGAUGAUCGAGCAGCCAGGUACCGAGAUGAUCAAGGCAGGAGAAGAACUAACGAUAAAGAGGAUUAUAGCGAUAUUAAAUCUCGAGGUCCAAAGGAUCAAAGAUCAGAUGCUGAAAGGAAGAGUACAAGCAGUGCAAGAAUGGAUUUGGCUACUGAUAGAGUUCGGUCUGCUUCCAGAAAUGCUGAUUUGGAACUUACAUCUAGCCAUGGUAGACGGCGGAGUUCACCCCCAUCAAAUUCUCAUACACCUAGGGAUCACCACAGGACCCUGAGGCAAGAUGAUUCCAAAUAUAGAGAUUACAAUUAUGAAGAGAGAAUCCGACCUUCAACAAGAGAUCAUGCUGGUGCUGCUGGAGGGUCUGAGAAGACUUCAUCUCAAUCAGUUGAGAAGCUUGGUCAAAAGGAUGAUGGCCAUUUUGGAGAGCUUUCUGCUGAAAGGCGUCUCAAGUCUGAUAUUCGAUCUUCACCCUUGCAGCUAGCAGAUAAAUCUCCAACAUCAAGUAGUGACAGGAGACAGUUCAGCAGGCCUGAUGUCAGACGAAGUUUUGAUAUUGAAGAAUCAACACAGAGAAGUGGUGGUUCUCGAGAAUGGAAAGAGUACAAUGGUAAAGAUGUAAGGGGAACUCGAGAUGCCAUGGAAGUAUUUCCUGGAGAGGAUUUUUUACAAGGAGAUGCGGAUACUUUAUCUAUUUCUUCACCUUUCACAAGAACUGGCCAUUUUUCCAGCAGUUCUAAGUCAAUGUUACCACCUCCCCUCUUUAGGACAGGUGUAGAUAGUCCUUUGGGGUCAGGCCCAGGUGAUGAUGAUGGUAGAGGUAAGUCCAACAUGCGUCAUAGGAGGGUUGGUGAUCCCAACAUGAGUAACAUGGGUAGAAUUCAAGGAAGUCCUUGGAGAGGUGUUCCGAGCUGGCCUUCUCCUGUGGCAAAUGGUUUCUUGCCUUUCCCACAUGGUCCACCUCCUGUAGGUUUUCAUUCAGUUAUGCAGCCAUUUCCAGCCCCACCAAUGUUUGGAGUCAGGCCUUCGAUAGAGCUAAACCAUCCUGGUGCUUACCAUAUGUCUGAAGCUGAUAGGUUUUCUGGUCCUGGGCGUCCAAUGGGAUGGCGCAAUCAGGUGGAUGAUUCCUGCCAUCCAUUACAUGCCUGGGAUGCUAGUAAUGCCGUGUUUGGGGAUGAGUCUCACAUUUAUGGGAGAUCAGAUUGGGAUCAUUCAAGGAACUUACCUGGUACUCGAAGCUGGGAUGCCAGUGGAGAUUUUUGGAAGGGGCCCAAUAGAACUGGAAGCAUGGAGGUCCCAUCUACAGACAAAGAGAAUAACUCUGUUCGAAGUGGCGAUGAGGCUUUGGAAAGUCAAUCUACUCAGGCAGCUAUGAAUGAGCAAAACCAAGUUGAUCAGCAAGCAGAUAGCACCGAUGUUAGGCAGCAAAUAAAGAGCCCCAAAAAGAAUGAAAUUGAGGGUAGUCUGGAGGAUACUGGUGAUAUUGAUAAAAUGUUGAGAAAGGAUGAUAAAUCUAUGUCCCUGUACAAGAGGCAGAAAGAACAUUAUCAGGCUGAAGGUGCCGAGAAGACUUUGAGUGGUCCUGUUCCAAAUUCCAAUCAGGAGAAUAUGAAUGUGGUAGAUGAGAAAACUGAGAAACUGCCUCCAGCUGACGACAUGCAAGGUGUGGAGGAUGCUCUUCCAAUCUUUGAUAUUGAGAAUGAUCCCAAAAAUGGUAUGGACAAUGAUGGAGGUCAUGCAGAAACCAACAUACCUGGUGGCGAUAUAAGUGAAAAGAUGGAGGACCAUGUUUCUGUCUCAGAGCAUAUCAACUUGGAGGUGAAUUCAGUGCUUGAUCCAGGGCCGGAGGAGCAUGAUGUGGGGAUGCCUUCUGCUGAAGAUGUUGAAGGCUCGAGUGAUCCACUACCAUCACCAGAAACGAAAGAUUUGGCUGCAGAAUCUGGCAGUAACAAUGAGGAAGUGAAUUUGGUAGAUACUACUAAGUCUGAUCCAUUGCUUAAUUCUGAUAUGUUCUCAGAAGCAUCUGAGGCUAUGAUGCCAGAGUCUAUCGUGACUGGGUCAGUCAAUUUGAGUCGGAUACAUCAUUCUCCUGAAAGUACACAUUGA